AUGGCACUCUCCUCAAUGUUAACACAAUACUUCCCUCCCCCUCCAACACUCACCGAAUCCUCCCUCCCCUCGCAAAAGGGCAAAAUAUUCAUCAUAACAGGCGGAAAUGCCGGCGUCGGUCUCGAGCUCAUCAAACUCCUCUACCCAACCGGCGCGACCAUCUACAUGGCAUCUCGCUCGUCCGAACGCGCCAGCGCCGCCAUCAAAACUAUCACCUCAUCCAAUUCGGAAAACGCAAAGAAUUUGAAAUUCCUGCAGCUCGAUCUGAAUGAUCUCCACUCCGUGCGCGCUGCAGCGAAGAAAUUCCAGAAUCUGGAGGGGAAAUUAGAUGUGUUGUGGAAUAACGCGGGGAUAGGAACGGUGCCGGUAGGCACGAAGACUGAACAGGGUAUUGAAGCCAAUAUGGGCGUUAACGUGAUCGGUCCCUUAUUAUUCAGUACAUUGCUCGUCCCGCAACUUCGCGCCGCCGCAGCGUCUGCUCCAGCAGGAAGCGUUCGCGUCGUAUGGACGAGCUCGUGGAUGAUGGAAGGCGGUGCGCCGAAGGGCGGGUACACUUUAUCGGAGCUUGAGAAAGGGGGGAGUAAAGACGCGACGGUUAAUUAUUCGACGAGUAAGGCGGCGAAUUUUAUCGUUUCGAAUGAAUUCCAGAAGAGGUACGGGAAGGAGGGGAUUGUGAGCGUGUGUCAGAACCCGGGGAAUUUGAAUACGACGAUUUAUGAUAGUGUGAACCGGGUUGUGAUGGUUUUUGUGAGGUGGUUCCUGUUGCAUCCGGUGAAGAUGGGGGCGUAUACGGAGGUGUUUGCGGGGUUGGGGGAGGGGGUGGGGGGUGGGUAUGUUAUUCCUUGGGGGAGGGUGCAGGAGAGGAGGAAGAAUCCGAGGGGGGAUAUUUGGGAGGCGAUGGAGAAUGGGAAGGGAGAGGUGUUGUGGGAGUGGUGUUUUAAGAAGAUUGAUGCGUGUAAGGAGAAGGUAUAG